AUGAUUAAUGCUUAUCGUCUCGCCUCUCCAGCAAGCACUGUCGACGGUAUGGGUGAAGUCGUAGUCUUCGGCGAAGCUCAAGUAGGCAAAACAUGCUUCAUAGACAUGCUCACCCAAGGCCGCCACUUCGCGCAAUACAUGGGGGUAGGACUUGAAGACAGUCUUCAUCGGAUGACCAUCAAUGGCGAAGUCGUGGAGGCUUACUUCACCGACCUCAGCUCCACCACGCUCAGAACAGCGGAUGCAAACUUCAGCCCCGAAAUUUUCAUACAAAGUCUCUCGGGUGCUGUUGGCGUCGUUCUGCUGUACGAUAUCACAUCUCUAGAAAGCUUCGAGCACAUCACGGAGCAAAGCUAUGCUUAUGCUUGCAUGUGUAGCAAUUACAUGGGCGAGAAUGCUGGUGACAGAAUCCGCGAGUACAUCUUAGUCGGCAACAAGAAAGACAUAGUUGAGAAAGAGCCUGAGAAGAGGCAGAUUGAUGAAGAACUAGCAGCAGAAUGGGCGCAAAGUCAGGGCAUGCGACAUGUAGAGCUGACCACGCACAAGAGAGAGGACGUAGAGAAAGCCGUCCAUGAUCUGAUGCGAUCCAUCAUGCGGGCGAAAGAGUUUGCUAAAAAGGAGAAAGCCAGAGGUAAAGCACCGAGAAUCAAAGAUCACAGUGACAUCACUACCAAAGCGAAAAUCAAGCAAGCUUUGGCAAUGCAACCUCUAAUCCUCAUCUCCGCCACCCCCUCCCCUUUUGCCCGAAUGAACCGCAUCGCCCUCGCUCUAAAAUCCAUCCCCUUCACGCUCAAGAACGAAAUCCCAUGGGAAUCCGCUACCGAAACGCCCAAAUACAACCCCCUGGAAAAACUUCCCAUCAUGCUCUUUCCCGACUCCCGCGCCCCCGUGUACGACUCGGCGCAUAUUCAGGAAUACAUCGUCGCGAAAUAUGCCGACCUACCUCCGCGCUUGAUCACAGGCAACGUCGACCAAGACCUGGAAAUUCGUCAGAUCGUCGUCCUAGGCGAGGGUUGCUUGGACGCCAUCGUACUGAAUCGCUGGGAAGGACGGCGAGACAAAGACAAGCAGAGUCAGCUUUGGAUGGACAGGCAGAAUCGCAAGAUCGAUGGAGCGUUGCGCGCAUUUAACGAUAUGGUUGUUGCGCGCAUCGAUGCGGGCAAGGAGUAUCUCGUCGGCGAGGAAUUGACAAUUGCGGAUAUUGCGGCGGUGUGUACGGUGGGUUGGAUUGGAUGGGCGGGGAUCAGGGAGGGCUGGGAGGAGAAGUAUCCUGUGCUGGCAAAGUGGGUGGGGAAAUUGGAUGGGCGCAAGGAGUUUAGGGAGACGAGGCCGGUUAUGUUUGAUCUGAAGGAGACCGUUAUGGCUUUUGGAAGCAACAUUGUCCGCCUAGCUCGUCGUCUCGGAAUCGCUACCGAAAACUUCGACCGCUUCUACCUUUUCGGCUGGGAAGCGAACGAGCGGUAUCAAGUGCAUGCCGAGCUCGGUGAUGCAUUCACACUAGUCGCGCCUGGGGGUUAUUGGGUAUACGUCGCGGACCCAAAAGCUGUCUGGGAUGUGCUCAAGCGUCCCCGAGACUUUGGCCGUAACAUUAAACAGCUUGAGGUUCUCAACGUGUAUGGGAAGAAUCUGUCGACUACGGAGGGUCAUGAGUGGCAGAAGCACCGCAAGAUCACGGCAGCGACGUUUACGGAGAGGAAUAAUGAGCUGGUAUGGCAAUCGUCGCUUUCGCAAGGGCAUAGCAUGCUGCAAUAUUGGCUGGACCGCGCGCCGAAGCCGAUUCGAAGCGUUGCGGAUGAUUCUAAGACUUUUACACUUAAUGUACUAGCGGCCGCGCUGUUUACAAAGGAGUAUCCGUUUGAGGGUCAGGAAGAGAUGAAAAAGCGCCAUACCAGUAUAGAAAACCCAUCAGACGACUCUCACCAGUACCGCAAUUCCUUUUCAAGAAUCCUUCGAGGCAUCAUUCUCAUCGCCAUCUUCGGCGGCGAAACCCUUCGGAAAUCCUCAUGGAUGCCGACUUCCUGGAAGCAGGUCGGCCAAGCGGUACAAGAUUUCCGCUCCUACGUCCUGAAAAUGAUCCAAGAAGAGCGUGAGAGUAUCGCGAACAACACAUCGACACGCAAGGAUCUCGUAUCCGCUUUGGUGCGUGCUUCGCUCGUCCAGCAGCCCGACGACGCCCGCGACAUGACCAUCUCCGAGCAGGACAUGAUCAGCAACAUCUUCGUGUACGGCUUCGCGGGCAACGACACGACUGCGAUUUCCCUCGCGCAUACGAUCGUGAACCUCGCUGCUCAUCCCGCCACGCAGGAAUGGAUCAGGGAAGAGAUCCAGCAUUACUGUGCAGACGAUGAUUCCACCGCGUGGCCUUAUGACACGUGGACGAAGCUCGUACGCUGCCAGGCUGUUGCUGUAACAAAUUCCAACGUCUCCCUCAAUUUCUCCGGCCUACACACCAACACGCAAAUCUGGGGCUCGAGCGCGAUGACCUGGGAUCCCGCGCGUUUCAUCGAUGGCAAAGGCAUCGGUGGUGAACAACUCCGUAUCUUCCCUGACGGCGUGUAUGUACCGUGGUCAUAUGGCGAGCGCCUGUGUCCGGGGAAGCGUUUCUCGCAGGUCGAGCUCGCGGCCGUCGUGGCGGUGUUGUUUCGCAAGCAUGGCGUUGAGGUUGUGCCGGAGAUGGGGGAGGAGGUGGUGGAGGCGAGGGAGAGGGCGGAGAGGGUGUCGAUGGAUAUACAGAUGACGCUGCUUAAUGAGAUGUAUCAGCCGGGGAAGGUGGGACUUAUGUGGGCGGAGGUUGAGUAA